AUGCCUAUUUCAGUCAAUGGAUCGAGUGUGACACUUAACGACAUUAUACAAAAGAACUUCCGAGAGGAAUUUGCCGAAAGGAAGUUGGAGAAUGAUACAAUGACAAACUUUGGUGUUGAUUUGAUGCCACUCUUUGUCAUGGAUGUUGUCCUCCCAUUUCAGAAGUUCCUGCUACUCAUUUUUAACCUCGGUAUAGACUUAUGUCCAUGUGAUCCAUGUGUUGUGUUGUUUUUAUUGAAUAUUCAUAGAUUUUUGCUUGUACCAUCACUCAAACAACGGUUAAGGAGGAUAAGGCAAUCGUCGGAUGGGAAUGGUAGAUUAGUGUCACUGGUUAUCAUUGAUUCUUCAACAGGCUCAAUAGCUGAUUUUGAUUGUGAAGUGGAAAUUACCAAGUGUGAACCACUUCCAGAUGGACAUUUCUAUUUAAAGAUUGAAAGUGCCGACGGUUUCGUAUAA